GGGCAAGCCCCGCCCGCCCGGGGCCGCCCAAUGGCCGCAGAGCCUCACCAGCCGCGGGGUGCCCGCCGGGGGUCCGGCCGCCUCCCUCCCUCCUUCCCUCCCUCUGCCCGCCAGGGGCCUUCCCCGACCCCGAGUGGGCCUGGGCGGCCACCGGGCCUCUCUCGCAGCCUGGCUCUGGACCCGCCGGCCUCCCAGCCCCGAGGCCGUCCUCCGCUUGGGUCACACAGGGCCCGAACGCGACUGUCUGUCUUGUCCGGGUUUCUCCUUCGAGCCCAUCCGCCCUGGUGCCGUUACAGGUAAUGGCGUUGCUGGCCUGCUUCCACCAUACAGCACCGCCUAAAAGAGGCCCUGGAGCUGUCCCCGAAGCGGCUGCCUUCCAGCCUCAGCAGCCUGAGGAGUGAGAUUUGGCUCCAACAGCAGCAUCCAGAACAGCUACGAAUUUGGGUUUUUUCCUCUCUCAAAGCAUGCCGGAUCAGAAGGGAGAAUUCUUCAGCUGAGGACAAAACGGGAGGCAGGAGCUAACAGGAACAAGAAGUCUCUCCCUGCAGUGUAUGCGGUCCUUGCUCAGUCUCCAUUUGGAUCACAGAAUCUUAAGGGUUGGAAGGGAAUCCACACCACCUUCUGGCAAGAGUCCCAUAGGUCUGCCACCCUCCUCCAAAAACUUAAGCUUCCUGAACAGAGACUUAGACCCAAAGGAAGUUCUUUCCAUUCCUUGCUGCUUCUAACCAAGUGCUUUUCAGACAGAGUAAGAGAAGACACAGGCAGGCACCUGCUCAUCUUACAGAUUUUUCUUCUCAGGUAUAUCGUGGUCUUUGUGAUGCUGAACUAGAGGAAUGCUGGUGGUUUUAACUCACCAUAAUUUCUCCUUUAAAGGAACAGUUAUGGAGAACUGUAAGCUAGAGGGUUGGGUUUGGGGUUUUUUUUUAAACAGUUAAGUGCCCGAGUUACCAUUUGCAAUUCCUGACUGAAUUAUAAACAGAAGGCUACUUCAUCAGUAAAUGUCAUUAGUACAGGGUUAAGUCAUCAUCAGCUUGAAAGAGACAAAUCCUGUUCUUAAGACAGGUUUUGGUGCAUUUCAACUAACAUUUGGAUCAUUCACACUUAAUCACAGAUAAAUGGAAGGUAAGGGAGCAAGCAGCAAGAUGUAUUGGCAGACACUCUUAGCCCUAACUUGAAACUUUGCUAUGAGGAAAAAUCUAAGCUGGAGGAUAAGGAAAUUGUCAAACAGAGGACACGAGAACCUGAGGCUCACAGAAACCAAAAGGAUGCUAGAAGCCAGGCCAAAAAAUAGAGGCCAAGUCAUGUUGAGUUGCAGGCUGGAAGAGAUGUCUGUAAGAAGUACAUCAGAAGUGCUUCAGGGCGCUGACACUGCCCUGGAGCAGCAGCAGGACCUUGGGGCUGAGCCAGAAAUGCAUAGCAAAGGUCACAGAAAUCACUGGGAGCCCAACUGUGUGAAGGCUGGCUUUAUUCUGACCGCAGCGCCAUGAAACCGCGCUCCAUCUGCCAAACCCAGGGCUGCUUCUAGCGAUGCUUCCCAGUGCGGUUGAAGCGCCUGUACAAGUACCGGAUCCUCUUGCUGAGUUUGUGGUGGUCCUCCACAAACAUCCGAUCCCCCACCAACUGCUUCUUGCGGAUACACCUCUGCAGCUCGUUCCCCCGCCAGCCUCGCAGCCACUUGGGCCCACUGAUGAGGUUCUUUGGGUGGAACUGGAAGUCACCUGAAAACAGCAGAGUAGAGCAGAGAGGAUGAAUCCAGGCCCCAGAAGAGUUCACAGCGCAGCCUACCUAUUCUGCCCACCGCCCUCUUCCUGCUGGAGGUACUGCUCGGCGUACUGCUCCAGCCUCCCUUCCCUCCUGCCCUGAGGCCACAGUAAGGAGUGGCGGGGGAGCAGUGUGGGGUACGUGGAAUGUCUUACCCAGGAUUCCCACGUUGUCGUAGACCCCGAACAACGCCCGUUUUUUUGUCCACCGAUCCACCUGCUUCGGCUUCUGGGGCUCCCUGAUACGAAUGGGCCGGGUAAGCCCCGCCAGGGGCGAGGACAGGGGCACGGGGAGGCCGGGCCUCACGGGUCCCCAGCGGGCCUCGCCGCCGCUAAUGCCCCGCUCCGCCCGGAGCAGGGGCGCGGCCGGGCCCAGCAGGGCUCGUCCCACAGCCCGCACCAGCGCCGCCAUUCGGGUGACCCCGCGGGCGGUCCCCGCGCCGCCGGAGCAUGGAGGGGGAAGGAAGAGCGAUUCCGUCGGGCCGGGCCGCCCCUCUAUUCCCUGCCCGGCACCGCCCCUUCCGAGUGCUGGGGCCGCCGGAAAGCGGAAGGACGCGGGAGCUGACGUCGACGCUUUAACGGUCGAAGAGGGAACGGGAGGCGACGAUUGGGCGAAGCGGCGACGCGCGGUAUCGCUUCUGGGCGCUGAUUGGCCGGGGCAGCGGGCGGGGCGAGCGCGCGCUGAUUUGAACGCCGGGGCCUGGCUGGGGAGGCGGUGGCGGGACUGUGAUCGUGCCGAGGGAUCAUGGCGAUGGACUGGGAGUUCCACCUGCCGCUCACCCACAGCGAUCUGCUGCGGAACAGCGGCCCUGGGCGCUAUGUCGUGCAGGAGGUGAUGUCUAUCCGCGAGCUGCAGCCCGCCCUCACAGCCUUCCGGACUGCCUUCCGGGCGCGGGGCGCGCUGGCAGUGCUACAGCACUUCGACACCCUCUACAGUUUGCUGCACCAAUUCAAAGCUGUGGGGACUGCUGUCAAGGAGGAUGCGCUAGAGCUGAUGAUGUGCGUGGUAUCCCAUCAUUCCAAUGAACUUCCUGCCAUCUUGGGUGAUUCUGGACUGAGCCACGCAGACCGUGCUGCUCACCUCAACGCUCUCAAGAUGAACUGCUACUUGCUGACUGGCCUUGUGGAUGCCUUUGAAAUGGAAGUCUGCAAGAGUGAUUUAGUGGAGAACAAGAAGAACCGUACCAAAACCUCUGGGUCCUUGUGGGAAGAGGACAGGGAGCCACUCUUACAGCUGCUCACGCAGCUGCUGCAGCUGGAUCUCCGUCAGCUUUGGGGUGGUUUGGUGGUGGAAGAAGAGUUUAUCAGCUUAAUGACAGGAAGUUGCUACCGUGUCCUGGAGAAUUCAAGUAUCGGUCUUCAGAGGUACCGGGCCACACGGGAGGCUGUGACACAUCUACUUGCAGCAGCUCUGCUUCGCUAUGAUCACAUGUUCAGUGCCACUCUGAAGAUCACGCAGAUGCUACAGCACUUUGAACAUGUGGCUCCUGUAUUUGCGCAGGCUGUGAGCCUCUGGGCUACAGAAUAUGGUCUGAAAAGCCUCGUGGGUGAAUUGCUAAGGGAAAUCAGUCAGAAAUGUCCGCAGGAUGUGACUCGUGAUGCUUCUGGAAUGAAAGGCUAUGCUACCUUUAUAACUGAACUGUCUGAACAGAUUCCAGCUCUGGUGCUGUCCAACAUGAGCGUUCUCCUGCGCCACUUGGACGGGGAGAGUUACAUGAUGCGAAAUGCCGUUCUGACGGCCAUGGCAGAAGUGCUGCUGCAGGUGCUGAACGGCGACCAGCUGGAGGAAGCUGCACGUGGGACUCGGGACCAGUUCCUGAACAUGCUGCAGGCCCACGUCUGUGACAUCAACAGCUUUGUGCGCAGCCGUGUGCUGCAGCUCUUCACACGCAUCGUCCAGCGCAAGGUCCUGCCUUUGGCUCAUUUUCAGUCUGUGGUGUCUCUUGCUGUUGGGCGUCUCAAGGACAAAUCUGUGGUGGUAGUUAAAAACGCGAUCCAGCUCCUGUCUGCAUUUUUGUCCAACAAUCCCUUCUCCUGCAAGCUAAACUGUACUGACUUGGCUGAGCCACUGAAAAAAGAGGUGCAGAAGCUGCAAGAAAUGAGAGACCGUAGCAGAUCCACAGCAGCUCCCGUGAUCACCCCAGAGGAAGAAUGGGAAGCAAUGCUGCCAGAAGUGAAAGCUGCCAUACAGCAGCUCUUUCAACCACCGCAGGAAGGCGAAGAGGAGGUGCUGGAAGUUAAGGAAACAGUGGAGAGUACAUUGGAGCAAAUCAGUGGCCUGCUGAGGAAGCUGGAUUACAAGAGCGCAGCUCGCCUUACACAGAAGGCCCUGUGUCGCUUCCAGGGGAAGGAGCCCUUCAGUGGCACCACGGAGGAGAACGAAGAGGCAGCAAUCCUGAGUGUUCUGGAGAGACUUUACACAGGGCCAUGCCCAGAUGAGAACAGUGAGGAUCCUCCAGCUAUCAACGGUAGUCUUAAGACUGAUGAAGUUGUACCAGAAGAGCAGCUUCAAACAGGACUGGUCAAACAGGAGAUGUUGGUGCAAUACCUGCAAGAUGCUUACAAUUUCUCAUUGAAGAUCACAGAAGCCCUGAGUCUCAUCAGCAAGUUGAUGUACGAAAACUGUGUCUCAGUGGUGCAGGAGGCCAUUGAUUUCUUUGUGACAGUCUCCAAAUUUGGUGUGCCCCAGGCACUGCUUGGAGUCCGAAGGAUGCUUCCCCUCAUAUGGUCAAAAGAACCUGGUAUUAAGGAGGCCGUGCUGAACGCCUACAGGCAGCUCUACCUGAGCCCCAGCAGGGAUUCUGAGAGGGCCAAGGCCCAGGGCUUGGUGCAUUCUCUCUCUCUCAUCAUGGUGGAUGCAUCACUGGGAACCAUACAGUGCUUAGAAGAAAUACUCUCAGAGUUUGUGCAGAAAGAUGAAAUAAAGCCUGCUGUGAUCCAGCUGCUUUGGGAGCAAUUCACGGAGAAGUCCUCAUGCUCUCCCCUCGAACGCCGCACUGCUGUGAUGCUGCUGGGGAUGAUGGCACGAGGAAAGCCAGAGAUCAUAGGUAGCAACUUGGACAUCUUGGUGACAGCGGGGCUGUCUGAGAAGGUAUGUGAAGACUAUCGCCUGGCUCAAGAAGUAUGCAGUGCCAUCUCCAAACUUGCCAGUAGCCCUAAGCCAGCACUGGGGAAGAGCAAUCCACCUUUUCGGCUGCCACAGAACCACAUGCUCUUUAGUUGCCUGAGUGAGACUGUGAGUAAAGGCUUUGCCCAGCCAAGUGGUCACUGGAUCCCCUUCAUGGAGGCAGCAGUAAAGCUCAUCUACCAACUAGCGGAAGGGGCAGAGGAGAUAUGCGCUCACAUCCUGCAGGCAUGCAGUCAGCAAGCUCUGGAGAAGCUGCAGGAGUCUGAUGAGCAAAAAGCUGAUCCAGGGGCUUCUCCCAGCAGAGUCUCUGAUGGUGCUUGCAGUCUCCCCACGUUCCUGCUGAUGCACCUGGUGUCCCUCGUGGGACAGGUGGCCCUGCAGGAGGUGGUGUAUUUGGAAGUGUCAGUGAGUGCAGAGCUCCGCAGACGCCGCAUCCUUGGGGAUGAGCAGAAGGCCAAGAAGCAUUCUGAUAACAGCACAAAGAAGCAGAGACCCCGGAGCACAGGAAACGAGACUACUAUGGAGGAGGAGCUGGACCUGGUGGGAGCCUCAGCUGAUGACACCGAGGCUGAGCUCAUCCGCAGCAUCUGUGAGACCGAACUUCUGGAUGGAAAUCACCUGUUCUCUGCCUUUGUGCCACUGGUGCUCAAGAUCUGCAACAACCCUGGGAUCUACAGUGAUUCAGCGCUCUCAGCUGCUGCAGCUCUGGCCCUUGGCAAGGUCUGCAUGAUCAGCUCCGAGUUCUGUGACUCCCACUUGCGCCUGCUGUUCACUAUGAUGGAGAAGUCUGCUCUGCCCAGCGUGAGAUCCAACCUCAUCAUUGCAGCAGGAGAUCUGGCCAUCCGUUUCCCCAACCUAGUGGACCCUUGGACAUCGCACCUCUAUGCCAGGCUGCGGGACCCCUGCCCAAGCGUCAGGCAGACGGCUGGACUGGUGAUGACUCACCUCAUCCUCAAAGACAUGGUGAAGGUGAAGGGCCAAGUGAGUGAAAUGGCAACUCUGCUUAUUGACCCAGAGGAGGCAAUCAUGGGAGUGGCUCAGAACUUCUUCAGUGAACUCUCCAACAAGGGUAAUGCCAUCUAUAACCUGCUUCCAGACAUCAUCAGUCACCUCUCAGAUCCGAACCGCGGCAUCGAGGAGGAAUCCUUCCACAACAUUAUGAGACACCUCUUCUCAUAUAUUACAAAAGACAAGCAGACAGAGAGCUUGGUGGAGAAACUUUGUCAGCGAUUCCGGACUGCCAGGACUGAGCGUCAGUACCGGGAUCUGUCUCGCUGCCUUACUCUGCUUCCCCUCUCAGAAAGGGGCCUUCACAAACUGCAGGACAACUUUGACUGCUUUGCAGACAAACUUCAAGACACAGCUGUCUACAGCUGCUUCCAAACUGUGCUGCUUCGGUUCCGCAGAGCAGGCGGCAAGCCCGAGACUAAAGCCCUGGCUGAAGAGCUGGAGCAGAAGCUGUCUGCCUGCCAUAACCGAGGACAGGAUUCGGCAGAGACGUGCCAGGAGGUUCACGGAACUCCAAUGCCAGAGCCAGCUAAGAGGAAACCCACGGGAAGCUCCCACCGCCAGCCCCUGAGCACGGCCAACAGCGAUGAGGAUUUUGUCACGCCCCACUCUCGCAGCCUCCGACACUAUAAGUCAAACCGGAGUAAGCGUUCCCAAAAACGGCCUCCAACCAAAAAAGCCAUCGUCACCUUCUCCAGCGAUGAGAACAGCUCUGAGGAUGAUAUGCUGGCGGAAUUAAAAGAGGAAGAAACCCCCACCAAAACAACCCCCAUCACCAGAUCUUCAGCCCGACGACUGCGCUGAGGGAACCAUCUGCCUCUGUCUUCAACUUAAAAAUCCAUCAUGGGACAGUGCUUUAAAUGAGGACAAAACGGAAGUUACACACCAGGCUAAAGCAAUUCCAUCCCUGUCUUUUGAUAUCUCCACAAUGAAAGGCAGAAAGGAAAGUAGCUGCUGCUUUGACUGGUUUUGCCUUGGCUUUGCAGAUAAAAGCAAGCUGGUCCCAUUAAAAAAGAGUAUUUGGGAGAAAGUCUUUCUAAGAAGAGACAAACUAAGCACUGCAUACAAAAUGCUCAUUUCCCUCCCCGUGUUGUACUUAAGCAAACUAUUCACCUUCUCUUAACACAGAAUCAAUAUAAUUUUGCUGGGGUUAGGACCUUUUAUGUUUGAUGCUUUUUAAAGCUCUUGCCCUGCAAAAGCUAGCAGGGCCUUUGAGGAGAGGUUACCUGACUCAUUUCUUGUACAGAUCUCCUCAAAAGACAAGCUGAAGGAGUGAGGAGGAAGAGAGAGGCUGACUUAGACUAGAGUGAAAGUGCUUUUAAGUUUUUUUUUUUUUUAAUAAACAAAAAAACACCCUAAAAACG